AUGUCAAACAUUUACGACAGCCACCUGGAUGCAUUUGAGCUCUAUCACAAAGAACGUGAACCUUCUCGAUCUAUCCUUGAUGGCCCCGCUCUACCGGCACUGGGCCAUGCUCUAGCAGGCUCUACAGGAUCAGCAAUAUCGAAUCUCGCCAUAUACCCACUGAGCUUGGUAAUAACUCGUCUUCAAGUGCAACGGCAACUACGCAAAUCACCAUCCGGCACGGACAAAGACAAAUACGAUGGUGUCCUCGACGCCUUUGAUAGCAUGUAUAAGAACGAAGGGGGACUUUCAGCAUUUUAUACCGGCGUCGUAGAAGAUACUGGCAAAUCGAUCGCGGAUUCCUUCCUCUUCUUCCUAUUCUACAAUUACGCGCGCACCCAUCGCCUACAAAAGCAAGGAGGUAAAGCAAAGUCCCUACCAGUCCUCGACGAAUUAGCCGUUGGAGCUGUCGCAGGAGCAUGUUCCAAAUUCUUCACCACGCCCCUAGCCAACAUCGUCACGCGCAAGCAAACAUCCUCGAUGACGGCCUCCUCACGGAGCAAAUCUUCGCCCUCCGUGUCAGACAUCGCGCGCACCAUCCGCGCGGAGAAAGGCAUCCAAGGGUUCUGGUCAGGGUAUUCCGCCUCCCUCGUCCUAACCCUGAACCCGAGCAUCACAUUCUUCCUAUACGAAUUCUUCAAACGCACUUUACUGCCCCGUUCAAAGCGGGAUGAUCCUGGAGCACGGAUUACAUUUCUGAUGGCUGCUGUGAGCAAAGCUAUCGCCUCGACCAUCACAUACCCGUUUUCGCUGGCGAAAACACGUGCCCAGGCAUCCUCCUCCGUGCCAGUAGAUACUGAAUCCGCGAAGGAAAUCAAAUCUGACAUUUCUGGCGCUUCAAAAGAUGGUGAAGCCGCAGCUGAAAAGGCAGGCCGCGAUGCAAAGAACGUUGCAAAGAGAAGCACCGUCUUCGCUACCAUCCUGCACAUAUACCGGACGGAGGGCCCGGCGGCGCUCUAUGAAGGUGUAUGGGGCGAGAUCCUCAAAGGGUUCUUUAGCCAUGGGAUCACCAUGAUUGUCAAGGAGAGGGUGCAUAAGCUUAUCAUCCAGCUGUAUUACAUGGUUCUCAAGGCGUUGAACAAAUAUCCUUCGCCGGCGGAUUUGGCUAACCAGGCGGGCGAUGCUGUUAGCGGGGCUAUAGAGACGGCGGAGGCUUUUGUGGUGGAGGUAGGUGUGGCUGAGAAGGUUGGCGAUAUUGGAGAAUGGGCGAAGGGGAAGAUGACUGAUGCUGUGGAGAAGGGGAAGGAGAUUAAGAAUGGGAAGUAG